AAACCUUGGUAGUGUAAACCAUGCCUUACUUCAAUAACCUCAGCUCAAUUUAGGGGAGUGGUCAUUAUUUAUGACGGGGGGUGGCACCGAAGAGAAAAAGGUUGGGUGAACAAAAUUGUGAGUGAAUGAAAGGUUGGGUAAAUGAAAAACUAAACAACUCAAGUGUUGGGUGAUAAAAAUGUAUUGUCAUUUCCAAAGCACUUUUUAAUGGUUGGAUUAUCAAAAAUGUUUGCCAACGAGCAUUUUCAGUGUUCCGCCCCCCCUCCCCACCAUAAAUAAUGACUGCUUCCCAGUGGUGCUUUCCAAAUUCCAAAAUAUAUUCCUUUAUAUUUUCCUUUAUAUAUAUAUAUAUAUAUUUUCAGGUAAUCGUGAAAGUACUAGAUCGGCACACGACAGAGAACGAUUCUUAUGUCACCAAGCUUGAAUUACGUCAUCCACGGAUCAUUCGCACGAAAGGAGGACGAACAAUCAAACAUGUCGUAGACCACAACUUGGAAGAAAAACUCGCUCAGCCAUUUUUCUUCGUUCAGAAUCCCAACGGAGAAGUGACUCAUGUGUUUUAUCCACAUGAUGAUUCUGCUGACCUUGUUGGAAUGAAGAAAGGUAAAUUCAUAUGUUUAGAAAACGAACACUAA